UCGAACCCUCGUGGCGAUACGCAGGAUAAUAUGAGAGCGUGCAGCGGUCACGCGGUGCGAUGUUUCGCCGGCGGGCCCCGCAAGAGCAACGAGUCCCAGUGCCCGAUGCUGCAGAAGCUCGAGAAGCCCGUCCUCACGUCGUCCACGACGACCACGCCGCCGAUGGCGUCGACCAAGUCGACGAUCGUGCGAAACCACCUGAACAGCACCUGCAGCGUGACGAACUCGCCCCACCAGAAGAAACUGAGGUUUCACUUGGCGAAGGAGAGGAAAGCCAGCACCACCCUUGGCAUCAUAAUGAGCGCGUUCAUCGUCUGCUGGCUGCCGUUCUUCGUGCUCGCCCUUGUCAGGCCGUUCCUCAAGGAUCCGGACGCCAUACCGGCGUUCCUCUCGAGCCUGUUCCUAUGGCUCGGUUACUGCAACAGCCUGUUGAACCCAAUUAUCUACGCGACGCUCAACAGAGACUUCAGAAAACCGUUCCGCGAGAUCCUCUACUUCCGCUGCAGUAACCUGAACCACAUGAUGAGGGAGGAGUUCUAUCAGAGCCAGUACGGCGACCCAAUCAACAACUGCGAGAUCAAGACCGGCGAGAUGGACGACGUGGAACGUCUGAACAAUCAGGGGAUCGAGGCGAUCGACGUGGCCACCAGCGCGCCGAACGAGAGUUUCCUGUGAUCACGGGGAAAGAAGAAGUCAUCCGAAGCGCUGUCUCCGCAACGAGUGACAGACCGGGGCAGCAAGAACGAACUAUCGCGUUCCGGGGCAGACGCUUCUUCAAGUCGAGAUUGCGAUCGCGUGAACAAUGCAACUGUGGAGAGAAGAAGAACACUAACAAAAGGAAAGAAAGAAUUGAAAGAGAGAAAAAAGAAAAUUCUCUUAGGGUAUAAACGUAAUUGUCUGGCGAGGCAAGAAACAACCAGACGCUCGAAAAAUACUUGGACAGUUGGAUCGAGCCGAUACUGAUUGUGAGAACGUAUCUCGGUUGAAGUGUCGAAGGAAGUUCUCACGUUCCGUGGGAGAUCAUGGUCUCAAUUAAAAAAAAAAAAAAAAAAACGAAAAAAAAAACGUUGUACAGAGGAUACUAAUUAAAAUCUGUGUAGUGUCGCGUCGAUAAUCCUGAACGGUGUGUAAUUAGCAAAACAGAAAAAGUAAAAAAAAAAAAGAAAAAAAAAGAAAAUAAUACGAGAUGUGUCUUGAAAAUAGGAACUUUCGAUUUAGAUGUACGAG